AUGGGGUCCGAUCCGCAGUACAUCAAGUACCCCGACCUCCUCCUCGCCCAACAUGUUUUCAACCUUUCCAACCCUGCAUGCUCCGCGUCCAUCCAGCAGACCUCAUUGUCGAAGCUGCAAGAUGUCAUCAAGGAGCGCAAGAUGGCUCCUUUCUACCGCCACCUGGCCCACCCGACCGAGGGCAUCUUGAACACCACCGGCGAAGGUGUGACGCAACACCCGCACGGUGCGGGCUCCUCCAAGCCUCUGAUCAUCUCCGACAUGCUCGCAUCGCGCAAGUCUCCACAAAAGAUCGACUUCCCAUGGGAUGAGAAGCUGUAUCAAUCUCUGGUGGAGGACAACAAGCAGGAGCUGGAGACCUUCCAGAAGGAGGAGGAUGAGGCAGAGGAAGCCGCCGGCGAGACCGAAGUACAGGCCGCGCGAGGGAAACGGGCCGAGUUCUGGGCUCGGGUAGGAGACAAGGACAAAGCCAUCGAGUCGCACGAAGCCCUUCUGGAGAAGAUCGGAUUCCUCGGUACCAAGAUCGACCUCGUUCUCGCCAUGAUUCGCAUUGGACUGUUCUUUGGAGAUCGCGCAUUUGUGAAGAAGACGAUCGAGCGUGCCGAGACCUUGGUGGAGAGCGGUGGUGACUGGGACCGGAGGAAUCGCCUCAAGGCAUACAAGGGCAUGCACCUGCUCACCAUCCGUUCCUACAGCCUAGCGGCGCCCCUUCUUCUCGACAGCCUGUCUACAUUCACGAGCUACGAACUUUGCAGCUACUCCGCCUUGGUGAUCUACUCCGUGCUUGCUGGAUCGUUGUCCCUCAAGCGUGUGGACUUCAAGGCGAAGGUGGUCGAUGCGCCUGAGAUCAAGGCUCUUCUUGGUGCUGGCGAAGACCAGCUGGCCGCUCUGUCCGGCGAGACCUCCGCUGGCCCCGGUGCUCGGGAGGAAGAGAUGAAGGAUGCUACCGUGUCAUCAUCAACCCCAACUGGUGGAAAGGGUGUUCAGACUGCGAUUAACCUGACAACCUUGGCCACCGGUUCCGGCUCGCAGACCGAGUCUGAAACCCCCGUGGACUUUUCUCCUCUGGCCAAUCUGGUCAACAGUCUCUAUAAUGGAAACUACCGGUCGUUCUUUGUGGCCCUUGCGGCCGUGGAGGACCACUUCCUGACUCAGGACCGAUACCUGCACGAGCACCGGGCGUGGUUUGUUCGGGAGAUGCGGCUACGUGCCUACCAGCAGCUGCUGCAAAGCUACCGGGUGGUGGGCCUGAACAGCAUGGCCAAUGACUUUGGUGUGACCGUGGACUAUCUGGACCGCGACCUGGCCAAGUUCAUCUCGAGCGACCGCAUUGCCUGCACCAUUGACCGCGUCAACGGCAUCAUCGAGACCAACCGUCCCGACGACAAGAACAAACAGUACUCUGAUGUGGUGAAGCACGGUGAUGCUCUGAUCACCAAGCUGCAGAAGUACGGACAGGCUGUUCGGCUUCGGGGCAGUGAGCGCAGCUAG